AUGUUUCUGUAUAGUCCACAAAGGAAGAACGUCCCAUCAGCAAGUCUCCAAGGCAAUGGCUGCAGGGACGAGAGCCACGGAGCAGCUUGCAGCAGUUCCUGCUCCAGCAACGAAUUCACAUGCCACAAUGGUCACUGCAUUCCCACGGGCUUGGCCUGUGACGGGAUUGACCACUGUCCAGACGACAGCGAUGAAGCCAACUGCACCUGUGCUAGUGACCAGUUCGCAUGCAAGAACGGGCGCUGCAUUCCCACAGGCUUGGCCUGUGAUGGGAUUGACCACUGUCCAGAUUACAGCGACGAAGCCCAUUGCUCUUGCACCAGCGCCCAGUUCGCAUGCAAGAACGGGCGCUGCAUUUCCCUGAGUUUGAUCUGUGAUGGGGAGGACGACUGUCGGGAUGAGACUGAUGAGAGCGAGGACCUCUGUGCCAUUCAGGGCUCCUUUGUGCACUCCUUGUUCUAUUUCCGCACAGCAGUGACCAAGUUGGGCCAGGGGCUGCUCCUAUUCAUGGAAACGAGCUACAUAGAUGGUCAGCCCAUUACAUACUUCGACAGCAACUCUAGGCAGGUUCUUCCUCGGGCAUCCUGGAUGGAGGACAGCCUGAACAACGAGUACUGGGAGGAGCAGACCAACAGUACAAUGUAUGAUGAGGGGGCAUUCAGGGGCCACCUGGGGUUUCUACAGAAGCGCUACAAUCAAACUGGAGGGCUUCACACCUUUCAGUGUUUCCAGGGCUGUGAGCUGACUGAAGACCAGACCAAAAGGAGAUACUUUCACCGGGAAGCCUAUGAUGGGAGAGAAAUCAAGCACCUCAGCGCAGAGGCCCACUCGAAAAACAGAAAGGCAGAGGAGUUCUUUUACUGGACUCAUAAGAGGAUCUUCCGCCCCCACUUGGACUGCAUUAAGAUGCUGAAAGAAUACCUGGAAUAUGGGGAUAAAGUUCUGAAGAGGAAAGAACCCCCCACAGUGGAGGUGACAUACAAGAAGGACCUGGAAACCCUCGUCUGCCGGGUCUACGGCUUCUACCCCAAGGAGAUCAACGCCACCUGGUGGAAGAAUGGGGCAGUUUGGGAGCAGAAGACUCUCCGCAGGGGUGUUGUCCCCAACUCAGAUGGGACCUACUACACCUGGUUCACCAUCCAGAUUGACCCCAAAGAAAAGAGACGCUACCAAUGUCACGUGGAACAUGCUGCCGUGUGGGGGCCACUGGCUGAGGUCUUGGAACAGCCUGAGCCCCCAGAAAUGAAGGUGACACACAAGCUGGGCGCUAACCACCUGGAGACCCUCACGUGCCGGAUCUAUGGCUUCUACCCCAAGGAGAUCAACGCCAUCUGGAAGAAAGAUGGGGAGGCCUGGAAACAAAACGAUCCGUGGCAACGUCACCCCCAACUCAGAAGGGACCUACCAGACUUGGCUCAGCAUCGAGAUCGAUCCCGAGGACAGGGAACGCUACCAGUGCCACGUGGAACAUGCUGGGCUCCUCAAACGUAUGGAGGUACCACGGCAGGAGUCUGGCCCAACUGGCCCAUUGUGGGGGGUGUCUUGGGGGCUGCGGCUGCCCUCUUGCUGUCGGCUGGGAUCAUUUGGUACAUCAGUAAGUAA